AUUAACACCACCACCAAAAAGCUUCAAAAAUGGAGAUUCCAUCUCUAUACAUCUCCCUCCUUUUACUUGUAGCUUCAUAUCUCUUUACAUACCACAUACGCCGUAAAUCCUCAAACCACCCACCAACUAUCUUCCCCACACUCCCCAUAAUCGGCCAUCUUUACCUUCUCAAACCACCACUCUACCGAACCCUAGCCAAAAUCUCCGCCAAAUUCGGCCCCAUUCUCCACCUCCAGUUCGGCUCGCGGGGAGUCCUUGUGAUCAACUCCCCGUCCUUAGCCGAACAAUGCUUCACCAAGAACGAUAUAACCUUCGCCAACCGCCCUCGAAUGCUAUUUGGAAAGAUCGCUGGAAACGAUUGGAAAAGUCUUGUGUGGUCGCCCUAUGGUGAUAACUGGCGCAACCUUAGACGCAUUGCUUCGGUGGAGCUCUUAUCGAUUCACCGUUUAAACGAAUUCCAUGACAUACGGGUUGAUGAGGGUAAGCUUCUUGUUCGUAAACUAAUGUCGAGUUCGUCCCCAGUGAAUGUGAAGUUUGUUUUCUAUGAGUUGACAUUGAAUGUGAUGAUGAGGAUGAUUUCCGGGAAGAGGUAUUUUGGUGGAGAUAUUUCGGAGAUGGUGGACGAAGGGAGGCGGUUUAGGGAGAUACUCGACGAGACGUUUAGGCUUGCGAGCGCUACGAAUGUCGUUGAUUACUUGCCGUUUUUGAGUUGGUUUGGGAUGACAGGAUUGGAGAAGAAGCUUGCUGAGUUUCGGGUUAAGAGGGAUGCUUUCUUUCAAGAAUUGAUCGAACAAUUGCGAAAACCGAAAAGCGAGAACAUGAAGACGAAGAAGACGAUGAUCGAAGUGUUGUUAUCGCUUCAAGAAGCGGAACCUGAGUACUACAAUGAUGAAAUGAUUCGAAGCUUUGUGCUGGUCUUCUUAUCAGCUGGCACUGACACUACGGCUGGAACCAUGGAAUGGGCUAUGGCUCUUUUGCUAAACCAUCCAAAUGUUAUAACAAAGGCCCAAAAUGAGAUCGAUACAAAUAUAGGAAAACAUCGUCUUGUUGACGAAUCGGAUAUAGUUAACCUACCUUAUCUUCGUUGCAUUAUAAAUGAGACAUUACGAAUGUAUCCAGCGGGCCCGUUAUUAGUUCCUCGUGAGUCAUCAAAAGAUUGUGUUAUUGGCGGCUAUAACAUUCCGGGCAGGACCAUGUUGCUUGUUAAUCAAUGGGCCAUACAUCGAGAUCCCAAGUUUUGGACUGACCCUAAAAGCUUCAAUCCCGAAAGGUUUAAAGGGCUAGAAGCCAUGAGAGACGGGUUUAAGUAUAUGCCGUUUGGGUCUGGAAGGAGGAGUUGUCCAGGGGAAGGGUUGGCGGUUCGUAUGAUGGCGUUGACUAUCGGGUUGCUGAUUCAGUGCUUUGAUUGGGAGCGGAUAAGUGAAAAGAAGGUUGACAUGACUGAAGGAUAUGGAAUCACCCUGCCCAAGGCCGAACCGUUGUUGGCCAAGUGCAAACCAAGACUAGAGAUGCGUAAUUUACUAGCGUAGCCUUAUUCCCCUUAACGAACACCUUAUCUCGCUCCAUAUUUAAAUCCUUAACCUUCAAGUCAUCAUAAACAUAAUUUACUAGCUUAGUAAGUUUGAUAUGUAAGGUAUCUGUUAAUUUGAACACGGAAUAUGUGAAAGUUGAGUUCUAAAUUUGUAUACUUGUCUAUGUGUCAAUAUAUUAAGUCUAUGUGG